GUCAAAGGUCACGGCAUGAUAGAGACUAUCCAGGAGGGCAAAGGGGCCAGUUGAAAGCUAUUCAAGCCCAAUCAGCUCUAAAUCCGCGGGCAUUUAAUUGGCCUUGUAAUUUCAGAUCGAUCCCGAAUUUAACACACUUUCCUCAAAGUCAGAUACCUUCAGCUGCUCCAUCCCAGUCGCCCAGAUCUGCUCUGACACCCCCAUUCACCCUAAAGGGGGAAAGAAAGAAAAGAGAUUGUGCAACAUGCAGAGCAGGGGAGAUACAUGCAGAGCAAUAGGAAAACACUGGAUAACACUUUUUUUCUGAAAGCAUCCUAUGUGGAAAACGAAGUCGAGAAAAUUUAAGUGACUUAUCCAAAGUAAACAAGAAAGAUAACCUGAUCUAGAAGGUUGGAAGUUUUUCCCCUCGGGGUUUUGGAAGCCAAGGCAGUGAGGACGAGCUCCCCUUCUACCGCUUCGCAGGAAAGGAAGGCGGACGAGGGAUGCAAACUACCGGAGAGAGUCUUGUUCACCCUCAGCCAAGCCACGGGUCCAUCCAGUACCCCAGCACUGUCCUAGCACUUUGCACCUCUGCAUAACCGGCACUGGGGGCCGGAGGGAUCCUGCUGGUUACGUUUUGAGAGUGAGAAAGGGAGGGGAUGCACCCGGGGCAGGCAAGGCGCCCCCUGCGAGCUUCUGACAAGAGGUGGUAUUCAGUCAGGGCUCAUUGGAGGACAGCUGGGGGCAUGCGGCCUGGAGCCUGCCGGGCUCCCUCUGAACCCGGGAUGCAUUUGGCUUCUGUCUGCUAGUUACUAUGACCUGCCCCGCUGCGCAGGGUCCCCAGUCCCGGUCCCACAGCGCUCCCGCAUGGGCCCGGCUUUGGCGCCUUGUGCAGGGUGGCUGAAGAGCUUCAGCGGGGUCCUUGUGUGGGGUCAGUCACUAACUUAAUCUGAAUUAGACUUGCCAUGGCUGCGCCCGAGGGCGAGGGCGCGGGGGCAAUGAAGCUUCAGGUGGGAGAGCAGAAGGAGGGAACAGCAGCCUUCGAUGCCCUGGAAGAGGGCAAAUAUGAGACCCGUAGGUCCAAGAGCUUGCCAGUUCUGAACUUCCUUGGCAGGCGGGACCCUAGCCUCCGGAGGGCAGAUAAAAGGCAUAGCUCUUUAAGGAGGCCCAAAUCGGGCUUUUACGGUUUCUCAGGGGGCACUGAGGUGAGGCGAUGCAUAGACCCGCUUCCGAUUCAGCUGGGGACCAGCUGCUCAGCCUCUUCCCGAACUGUAUUUUCCCGCAACCCUUCCAUUUCUUCUGGGAUGGUGGGGACUUUAGACUGCAACCACGUGGUCUCCCUCGGCAAAAGCUUGUCAGUUUCCUCCACCCAAGGCCUGUCGGUUUCCUCCACCCUGGCAACCCUGCAAGAUAGAAGAUGCCUCCACGUGGUUUUGACGGAUUCUCGUUGCUUUUUGGUUUGCAUGUGCUUCCUGACCUUUAUCCAGUCAUUGAUGGUUUCAGGGUACCUCAGCAGUGUCAUCACCACCAUCGAGAGGCGCUACAGCUUGAAAAGUUCAGAGUCCGGGCUGCUGGUCAGCUGUUUUGACAUUGGGAGCCUUGUUGUAGUUGUUUUCAUCAGUUACUUUGGAGGCCGGGGCAGGCGGCCUCUGUGGCUCGCAGUGGGUGGACUCUUCAUUGCAGUGGGGGCUGCCCUGUUUUCUUUACCUCAUUUCAUCUCUCCACCGUACCAGAUUCAAGAAAUGAACUCCUCAGUUUCCAACGAGGGUUUGUGUUUGAAUAGCAACAGCAGUGCCAGAGAUCUUUUGGAGUCAUCUGCCUGUUGGAAGGACGCUGGUGGUAACGAUCACUCGCUUUAUGUAGCUUUAUUCAUUGGUGCACAGAUUCUCAUUGGUAUGGGCUCCACUCCUAUUUAUACCUUGGGACCAACCUACUUAGAUGACAAUGUCAAGAAAGAAAAUGCAUCAUUGUACCUAGCCAUCAUGUAUGUCAUGGGAGCACUUGGUCCUGCAGCAGGAUAUUUAUUAGGUGGAGUUCUUAUUGGUUUUUAUGUUGAUCCCAGAAUGCCCGUUCAUCUUGACCAGAAUGACCCUCGUUUCAUUGGAAACUGGUGGAGCGGAUUCCUCCUUUGUGCCAUUGCAAUGCUUCUUGUGAUAUUCCCAAUGUUUACUUUCCCAAAGAAGCUUCCACCUCGACAUAAGAAAAAGAAAAAGUCCUCUGAUGAGACUUCCACUGAGGAAGAUGAGAUAAUGAAGGAGAAAUCAAAUAGCAGAGAACAAGAAGGAGUUGCUUCUUCUAUGGCAUUUGGAAAGAAUGUAAAAGACCUUCCAAGAGCAGCUGUCAGGAUCUUAAGCAACAUGACAUUCCUUUUUGUGAGUUUGUCAUACACAGCUGAGAGUGCCAUUGUCACUGCUUUUAUCACCUUCAUCCCCAAGUUCAUCGAAUCACAGUUUGGCAUCCCAGCUUCCAGUGCCAGCAUCUAUACUGGUGUGAUUAUUGUACCCAGCGCUGGUGUUGGUAUUGUGUUAGGAGGUUAUAUUAUAAAAAAGUUGAAACUUGGUGCCAGAGAAUCAGCAAAGCUAGCAAUGAUCUGCAGUGGUGUGUCCUUACUGUGUUUUUCAACACUCUUCAUUGUUGGAUGUGAAAGUAUUAACCUGGGUGGCAUAAAUAUUCCAUAUACAACAGGACCUUCCCUCACCAUGGCCCACAGGAAUCUGACAGGAAGCUGCAAUGUUAACUGUGGUUGUAAAAUCCAUGAGUAUGAACCAGUCUGUGGAUCAGAUGGAAUUACAUACUUUAACCCUUGUCUGGCUGGCUGUGCCAGUAGUGGUAAUCAUAGUAUGGGGGUUCGUAAUUAUACAGAAUGUGCCUGUGUUCAGAGCCGCCAAGUCAUCACUGCACCAACGGUGGGGCAGCGCAGUCAGCUCCGGAUGGUUAUUGUCAAAACCUAUCUCAAUGAGAAUGGCUACGCCGUGUCUGGAAAGUGCGAUCGGACCUGUAAUACCCUUAUUCCAUUCCUUGUUUUUCUUUUCAUUGUUACCCUCAUAACAGCAUGCGCCCAGCCAUCAGCCAUCAUAGUCACACUCAGAUCUGUGGAAGAAGGGGAGAGACCUUUUGCACUAGGAAUGCAGUUUGUUUUAUUACGAACACUUGCAUACAUUCCUACUCCAAUUUAUUUUGGAGCAGUUAUUGAUACCACCUGCAUGCUUUGGCAACAGGACUGUGGUGUGCAAGGCUCUUGUUGGGAAUAUGAUGUGACAUCAUUUCGUUUUGUCUAUUUCGGUUUGGCGGCUGGUCUCAAAUUUGUUGGAUUUAUUUUUAUUUUCCUGGCAUGGUACUCUAUAAAAUACAAAGAAAAACAGCUGCAGAGACAAAGGUGGAGGACAUCUCCUCUUCAUACUGUCUGUGAGACAGUUUGCCACACAGAUCCCCGUGAAAAUUAUUCUCGCACUAUAUCAUGCCCAACUUUCAACAACAGAGGGGAGCUCCAGGAAGAAAUGGGUCUUGGAAGAGGAAUCCAUUAUUCAGCACAGACAUACCCUGGGCCCUUUCCAGAAGCAAUAACUUCCUCAGCAGACCCUGAGUUGGAAGAAGCCACUGCUGCCAUGUAGCCCCCUUACCUGAAGGUUCAUAAUGGAAGACUUUGGUUUUGUUGGUUGGAUCGAAAAUGGCGCCUUGUGAAACACCCGUGCCUUCUUUUCUUUCUUUUUUAAACUCUAAAGACAUAAUCUAUGAACCAACAAAACUCAAUGCAAACAGCCAUUACUGAUUGCGAGUUGGAUACCUCAACGUGACUUAAGAGUCUUCUUUAUCCCCCUCUCCAGAAAAUGGAAUUUAAAGAUAGGUUAUAACUUCAGCUAUAUUAAUUUAAUGUUCAUGCUCCAAUCUAGUAUAAAUCAAAGGCUGAGAUAUUCUAAAUUGUUAAGCAGAAUUAUGAGAAGAGUAAUAGAGAUGCAUAUCAUUAAUAUAGACUUCAAACAAAUAAAGGUGAGAUGUAUCAUCAGGUUUGCAUUUACAAAUCAUAGUUUUUAGAUUAUAACUACUGUGAGUUCUGCUACAAAGCACAAGUGAAUUUGCCUAAACUAUGCAAUUUGAUUAGAAAUUUGUAUGUAUGGCAUGUUUUAUUUUUAUUUUUUUAGAGCCUUUGAUCCAGCUCCGUCUGGAAAGGAAGCUAAAAAAAAUUGUCCUCUUUUUCUUAAAGUACUAUUGAUAACUGUAAGCCAUAGAAGAGUUAGAUAUCAGGGAAAGUUUUCAGAAGCUUCAAAGACACCAUGGCAAAGCCCAAUAUAGCAGACACUUGAAUUCAGAGUAUGUGUUCUGUUUCAGCCUCCUCCAUUCUAAGGCUGGGAAAGAAGCUGCUGAAUCAUAAAUGCAGGGGCUUGGAAAUAAACUAAAACUAUAUCUCUUGUAAAAAAGAGCAAGGUGAAAAACUUUGACUCUGAGAACCUCCUGGCUGACUUCCUUUCUAGGAUAGUUGCUGGACAAAUUCAUUGGCUAAAAUCACAGUCAAGGCAGCUACAUUUGUGACUUUUAAAAUGAAAAUAGUGAGUUCCCUCCUCUUAGUUUUCCCCACCACCUACUCCUACAACCUACUAGGCAAUCAUUUCAACACUGUAGUUCCAAGUCUAAGUAAAAAUCUAAGUGUUCUAAGAAGGAAUCAUAGAUAUGUGUAGUCUUUGUUAAAGAAAAUUUCUUUGAAUUCUCCCUAUAUUAAAGUAUUAAAUCAAGACCGUUAUUCUUGGGAGUAAGAAAUCCUUUUGAAAUCAGUAGAAAUUAGAUGUGUGAAUUGGUACCAGUCAGUCAACCAACUUUCAAUUGAAAAUGAUUAAAAUGGAUGACUCUAUUUUCCUCAAUGUCAUCUCAUGAGAUCCUCUUACCAUCUUUAUUUCUUUCCUCUUUACUAUCUUGAACAUUGUAAGAUGGCCCUAAAGGGAGAGUUUUCUCCUUUUACAUCCAUUUUAUAUUUACCAUUAAAGAAUAUUUAUUGUGUCCCUUGGGCAUAGUUUUGUCAGAAAAUAAAGUUCCAUCAUGAUUGAUCAUAAAAUAUCUCCUAGUAACCAAUACCUAAAAUAUUUAUCCAUGCUAUAGAAUGAAUAGCAAGCAAAUUUGUAGGGCAUGGUAACUUGUGUGUGUGUGUGUGUGGGGGUUUAUUUUGUCUUCAGGGCUGGUGUAAGAAAUGGUCUCUCUACCAGGUAACUGUUUCCUAUAAUUGGAAAUGUGAGUUUGAGAAUUUUGCCUCCUGAUUUGGGAGUGAGAUUUACCACCAUUUAUUCCUAGUUGUAUUGACAGAGUAAUAUGAAAACCAUAUUUGCAUGUUCUUUAAUAGAUUGAUUUCUCUUUACUUUUAGUCAUGUUAGUUAUGUUUUUAUGGUGGUUGUCUAUAGAUUGUAGAGAAAUAGUUAUUGUUAAAAAUGAAAGAGUAUUUCUAAAGGAGAAAGCAAGGAAGAUUUUUGUCUAUUGACAUUCACAUAUAGCAGAUGGUAAAAUAAAUCUGUUUUUGCUUAUUUCAUAGGAUCAUCAGUUAAGGUUAGUAAAGACCUCAGAAGUCAUGUAGUGCAAGCCCCUUACUUUAGAGACAAGGGAACUGACACACCCAGAGAAGUGCUAAGUAAUUUUUACCAAGUUCACCUGGGCAGUAAGUUUCAGGACAGAAGUUGAAUCCAUGGCCUAUGAUUCAAUAGCAAUUCUUCUUUCAUCUGUACCACAAUGAAUGAAAUUUGUGAAUACCUCCCUAUUUUAGUUUCUUUCUGCCAUAUAGUUAAUGGAGUACAAUAGCUCCUUGUGGGGGAAAUAGAUAUUAACCAACAAAAUAAGCACUAGUAAAGAAGUUGCUCCUUCUGCACUCCCUGUCAAGUUUCUAAUUGGGCGAGAAGCUUCUUACCCUCAUAGUUUUUAAAACAGAAAUUGCUUCUGGUGAGGUUCAUGGACAUGAACAUACUAGGGUACUUGAAAUAAUUCAAGCCCUUAUUCUGAGAUAUUCAACUGUUUAUUUCUUUUUUAAAAAAAUUAUUUUAUUUAAAAAAACCCCAAUAAAAAUAGAAAAGAAAUACAAAACAAAAUAAAGGAGGACAUUGUCAUGUGCCCAGCAGAACAUCAGAGAUGAUUCAAAAUAUAUAACAACAAAUUACCCAACUGGUUCUUUCUAAGGAAAUAAAGGAGAUUCUCUGAAGUACACUGAAGAUUUGAUCAUGCUCAUUAUCAGAUUACUGCCUGAGAUUUUCCUAUAUUUAACCUGAAAGGGUGUGUAUGUAUGUGUGUGUGUAAAACUGAAGAUUAUAGUAUUCCUUAUGUCAUCCCAUCUUUCUUUCCUCUGGCCCCAGACUUGAUCAUGUUAACUGACUGCUUCUUCAACCAGUGACCUCAUUGGAAAGUACCAUUUGAUGAACUCCAUAUUGAUUUCUGGGACUUCAUUAAUAAUACACUUCCUACCUAUGGAUGGUUGUGGUCUUGAUGGUGGAUGUCCUUUAAGCCUUUUCUAUCUUUAAGAAAGUUGGGAUUAGUACUUCCCAGUAGGUCAUAUUACUAAGUGUCCAAUUCUUGAGUUUCCAGGUAUAGUCUAGUAAUGAAACUAAGUAUCCAUUAGUGAGAAGCCUUUAUGAACACAUAAGUUUUUAAUAAUUACCUCUCAAGUAGUGUCUGGAGGAGACUGCUUUCAAGGACUAUGCCUAUGUGUUUGUCUACCUGGGAUGUUUAUUUAAGACAUAAACAUACAUGUUUAUAAUCAUAUUUCAAAUGUACUUUCUUUAGUACUUUGUGUAGAACAUCCAAGAAAAACCCUAGAAGUAGGAAAAUGAUUAUUAAAAUUUUAAUUAUAUAUUUCACUAGAUUUUAAUGAUUAAUCUAUCUUAAUGAUCACUUAAGUAAGCAUCCUGCUAGAAUAAGUUUGUAGUGAUAUACCUCAAAUAUGUUUAUAUUCCAUACUGAGUAUGUAAACAACCUAUUUUAGGCAUUGAAAUGCAUUCUAAAUAAACUCCUGACAUUAAUUAAGCACAUGAAUUAAGCUGUACUUUGAUAAUUAACUUUGGAAUUGUGGAAAAAAAGUUUAAGCAAUUUUGUGUGUGAUCAUUUUGUCCAGAACAUUUUUGUUCCUCUGAGAUUUAGUAUUUCCAUCUACCAGUUCUUUGGUGUAUAUCAAUUUCAAGAAAAUUCUUAAUGAAACUUUUUUUGAAGAUUUGUCAAAAAUAUACACCAAAUCACCUACUUUCCUUGGCUACUAAUCAUAUUCCUAUACCUACAUAAUAAACUGUGGAGGUCAUGAGCAUAUCUUGUGUGAGUAACAAAACCUAAAAAGCAUUCAAGUGCCUCUUUUGACAAAAGGGCAGAUUAGUGAUUGACAAUGUAAGUCAAACUCUGCUUUCCAGGAUGGAUGAACUGAGGAUUUGAGUAUUUUACAGAGUUAAAUUCAGGUGUUUAAUGAUAUUUGUUACAGAAUAUUACACAUUUCCUUGGGUGGAUACACAAACCAACUGUAUAGGAAGUAGCAAGAUGAGGCAGAAAGAAUGCUAAAUCCUGUGUUCUCUCUGUGGCUUUACUAUUAAGAACUUGUGGGGGACCUUGGACAAGUCAGUUAGCCUGUUUGGGCCUCAUUUCUUUUUCUGUAAAAUGAAGGGGUUGUACUAAAUGACCUCUAAUGUCCUUUCCAACUUUAAAAAUAUCAUAUGUUCCUAUGCAAUAUGUAUUCUACAUUUUUUACUAUUUAUAUUGGGAUAGAUAUUUUUGAUUAAACUCUCUGGUGUAAAGCCUUACCUUUGUAAAGUGUUUACAUAGUGCAAAGUGUUUUUCCAUCCAUUGUUAUUUGCUCCUUACAACAAAAUUGGGAAGUCAAUGGAAGAGAUAUGAUACCUUAUUUUACAGAUGAGGAAACUGAGGCUUAGUGAUUAGUUACUUAGCCAAGGUCACAGGGCUAUUUAAUAGCAGGACCAGAAGUAGAACUCAGGUUUUCUUGUGACUCUUAAAGGCUCCUCCCCUUAUAUCAUGUUACUCUUCUAAGAGUCAACAACUAUCAUACUUUUCUAGUGAACAGUGUUCAUAUUUUAAAAAAUGUAAUUUCAUCAAUGUAUUUAUUUUUAUUAGUGCAUAAUGUGUGAAUUAGCUAAUGUAUGUAAAGUGCUUUCCAAACUUUGAAGAAUUAUAUAAAUUCUAGCUAUGAUUAAUUAUUAUAAUUAAUUGAGGCAAUAGAGCUGUGUAUUAGAGGAGAAGCAGCAAAUUCAGUAAGAUCUCAGUUCACAAUCCACACUUAGCAUUUGCUGGUUAAUUUACCAUAGGCAAAUAACUACCAUAGGCAAGUCAUUUAACUUCCAUAAGCCUCAGGAAAUUCCCUAAUAUUAAUAUUAGGUUGUCUACUACAUUACUAGAUGGAGUUUUUACACCAAUUAUGGGGAAAAUCUGAGCUCCAAGCUUGACCUAUUAUAUAAGUAGAGUGUGCUGUGAAUUAGCAUUUCUAGUCAUUGAGUAGAAAAUAGUUAAAAUUCAUUUUUUUAAUUGUCAGGAAAUGAGCAAUCUGACUAUGGGAAUUUCACUUCCACUUACUACCACACAAAGCAUGGGGGCGUCAUAAUAGCACAACUGCUCUGUAAUGAUAAUAAUACAAUAGAAUUCUAUAACUUGACUUCAUAAUAUAGGAUCUGAAGCUUGAGAAAAACUGGAAUCUGGUCCAAUUCCCUGGUUUUACAGAAGAGGAAAUCAAAGCUCAGUGCUUAAGUGCUUUUUCCUCAAGAGCACAUGGGAUGUAAAUAGCAGAUUUUAGAGUCAAGAUUAACUAAUUGAAAAUUUAGGACUCUUUCAAUCAUUCAAAUUUCGAUAUAAAUUCAUAUCAUAGCUCCCCAAAUAUAGCAAGUUCUACAUAAAACAAAACUGAUUUGACCUGGUUGCCAUAUCAAUAGGUAUUAACCCAGUUUUAAUACCAAAGUUCUCUAUUUACUACAUAGCAAUGAAUACAAAAAUAUUAACAUCAAUUUUAUUUUCCCUUUUCUAUUUCUUUGUUAUUUCAGUGAUUCUCAAACUUCAUUGGUCCAAAAAUCACCCUUGUGGAGAAUGAUCCAAUAUACGUAUCACUUGCUUUAGUGAUCAGGAAAAAACUUCUCCCAGAACAAAUGUAUAAAAUGACAAUGCUAAGAAGUGAUGUUUAAUAUAAAACUAGGCAUCAUAAGUAAUUUAUUCAUUUAUGCCUCAAUUCAGUUUAAAGACUAGAAUGUUACAGGAGUCCAAAGACCACUUUCAAGAAUCACAAUUUGAGAACUACUUUUCUAGUACCAAAUUUUGUGCUUUUCUGUGCCAAGAUGGACCCAGUCUUGGGAGGCAAUAGGCAGUUCAGGACCUACACUUCUGUUUACUCAAAAGAGAAUUUUUUAUGUGAGACGUAAAAGAAAGACAAAAAGCAAGACAAAAAAGAAAAAGAACCCUUUGGUUUCAGCUUGCAUUCUUCAGUAGAACCAGGAUAUCUUUUCUCCAUUCCUUCUUAUUUGUCAUCAAAGAAAUGAUCAGUUCCUACUGUGUCAUAAAUUAUCCAGACUUAAUAGUACUGCUUUAUCAUUUCUGGUAUCCCCUUCUGGAGAUGGGGAGCUUUGGUGAUUAUGCUUUGGUGUGUAUUUUCAACAAUGUAUAUACUACACAGACAUAUAAUGACCAUCAAUAACUUGCAUAAUUAUAUCCCAAAUAAUUUAAUCCCCUAACAGAUAGAUUUCAAAAUGCUGUUAAAACCCAGAUUUGCCUCAGACUUCAUUUGUCAUUAUCCAGACCAGUAGGGAGCCUUACACAUAUUUCCAUUAUGCAUUUCAUAACAACAGGCUGUGCAGAAUGGCCACUGGGCUAAAUGAAUAGGCUUUCAGAAUAGAAAUCAUCUGUAACAAUCAUUCUAAUUUUCUCUGUCUCAAACAAGGUCACUAAAUAUACUAUUUUUUUUUUAAGUUCAGGAAAGUUUUGUAUGUAUCUGAUGAUCUUUCAAAAUGGGGCUUGUUUUACUCAGUUCUAGGAAGGAUCAAUAUUCACUUCAGCCUUGUCUACAAUGUCCUUUCUCUCUUUUGCUUCUGGAACAUAAGAACUGCAUUGGUGCUACUGGUGUCCAAGGAUGUAUGUUCACCAUUAGCUAAUCCCACGGUAUUAUUCCCAGUAUUCCAGUGCUAAAUGACUGCAUGUGCUUAACUUUGGGAAAGCUGAAGUAUUUCCAGGGAAAGAAAUACUUUUCAUGCUCAUUAAUACAACUUACUCAACAUUUAACCUAUGGAGACUUUCUGCUGCAGAAAUGAACAGUGUGAUUGAAAAUACUUUUUCUACAAAAAACUCAGUGCUUUUUAUAUUCAUUUUAGCAAUUCUAAGCAGAUAUUAAGAGUAGUUUCAGAAAGAAAUAAAUAGUGACAUAGUUCAGGUUACCUAUUGUUAUUUUUUCUUGAAGAGAUCUAUACCAUUAAGGUGUUUUUAAUGAUGGGGUCUUGAAGGGUGAUGUUUUUCGUGGUGACCUAUGGUUUUUACUGGGUAGAAUGGAAGCAGAAAAUAUUCCUGGAAAGUAAAAUAAUUAUUGGGGCACAUUAAAUCAAAAAGUUGUACCAAAAAAAAUCAUUUGGAAUUUGUAUCAAAGAAUGAAACAUUAAAAAAAAAAAAAACUGGUUAAGAUUUUACAGUGGACAUUUUUCAUCCAAAGAAUACCUCUAUCAUGAACCCCAAUUAGGAGCAUGAAACAAGAACACUGGAUUCUAAUUAAUUUUUGAAAAAUGAUAUAUAGUGUCAAAUAAUUUGGCAUUAGAUCCUUAGUGGUGGUGGUGGUGAUGGUGUGUGUGUGUGUGUGUGUGUGUGUGUGUAUGUGUGUGUGUCCGUCCAUGUAGAUCUGUGUGUAUGCGUCUUUAUAGAAAUAUAUUUGUGAUGAGAGGCUGUUUUGAAUUGUUGCAUACAGAAGGCUCAUUUUGUGGUUUUUAAAAUUAUUAUUUAUUUGGAGAGCACUUAGGAUCAUUUAAUAUAUAUAUAUCACUUCGUGUUUAAUGAAAGCUACUGUCAAUGUACUUGUAAACGUUUGUUUAUAAUUUCUUGAAUACUUGAUGAUUGAAAAUAAAAAUUUAAAAAAGGAAUAAA